AUGGCUGGCACCAAAGAUGGGAAGUCCCGCAUGGGAAUCACUCUACAGGGCUACCAUCAAGUCAUUGCUUUGUCGCAGACGAACAUCAAUCAAGCACUGAAGUAUCACUUCACGGUCAACAAUCCAAAACUGUGCGACUUUCAAGCAUCCCUGGGGCCAGAACAUGACCCUGACAACACUCUCAAGGGCAAAAUCCUGCCCCCAACCAUUGAGCUCAUUGAUGCGGACAAAGCUGACCAAGCUCUCUACACCAUAGAGUUUACGCCAGGUGCAAAGUACACGGGUCUGGUCCAAGAUCCCAAUGACAGGCGUCAUUUGAUGCCCAAGUCAUUCUCAGCCGAGGGAUGGAAGCUCGUGUUCUUUGUCAACUUUUCCAUGCAGAAAGCAGCACAAUUACCAGAGGAUAUCCAAAAAAUCGUCAUGAAGACAAACGCAUAUAGCGUGGACCAGCUUGUGGUGGUCUUCGGAACAGCAAAUCUGUUGACUUUCAACUGGGACAAGUCCAAGUUCCCAUCGCUGGCGUCCGAUAAAGAGGCAUUGCUUGAUGCCAAAACCGUAAUGUCACAAUUUAUUGAGAAGUGGCUAUUGUCUCUAGCCAGUGCCGACCCCGGGCAAUCGCACAAUGUCCUCGGCUAUACUCUCAAGGUCGAUGUGCCUGGUGACGCCUCACGCGGUCAGUUGUUGGAAAAGAUAGGUGAUCCGAAGGUUCCGCCAUCAUUCACGCCUGCAGCUGUUCAGUUUCAGACGAUCGCAAAUAAGCCCGAUGCAGCAUCUCCUGGUGACCCUGCGGACCCAUACAACGCUUUUCUCUUCACCGAAAUGUGUUAUACGGAGAGCCCAGAAGAAGUUGCGAGAGGGAAAAUCGUGCCUCCAAGGUUCCCUUCCAACGACCUGGCUUGGAGCGGAAAUUGGUUCUACGACAGUAUUGGAGGUACGAUGGCCAUGUCGAGCGAAAUAUUCCAGAAAGAAUUCAUCGGCAAAUUGGUAGAGCCACUCCAUGUAGCAGCCACUCGCUUUGCGGAGCCUUUGGCCAGGCGGCAGACGUGGGACGCCGAUGACCGGGUGGCACAAAUGAAGCCCAAGAGGGAUUUCUUGCCUGCGUGGACCACCCCAAAGGGCUGGGAAAAGACUGCUGAGAACCAUUGGUUGUACAAAUCUCUCCUGCAAGCCACCCACAGCAACGUGAGGUGGUUCGAAGGCGGCAAGGCGGAUCUUUACAACGUCGCUAUCAAUGUCGACUCGGUCAUGACAACGGUGAUAGCAGCCAUCCCGGCGACUGGAAAGUUUGAAAUUCGACAAGUUAUCCAGACGGUCACCAAGUGGACGCACGAAAGCUAUGUCUUUGACGCGACCUCAACCUUUCAUUGGAAAUACAUUGUGCAACUCGAUGCUGUCAGCUCGAACGCAGAGCUGACCGCACAUGUGGAGUAUGAGAAAGGAGCACAGGACCUCACCUCAACAAUAACGGACAAGGGCAAGGUGAUUCACGGUGUGGGUAGUGACGAGCCGGACGACGAGAAAACCAAAUGGGACAGAUAUCAGGACCUUCUCAAAAGCACCAUCGUCAACAAGAUGACAGACACCAGCUCUUUCACCAGCAAAAUCCAAGAUGGCUUGAAUGGGCAAAAGCGAUUCGUCUUCCCUGGCGGCGGGACCUUUGACAUGAAGGACCCAAUAUUCACGAAUGCUGGAGAUCUCAUGCUAGGACUGGUUUAUCGUGAAAGGAAAGCGAAAAAGCCGGCAGCGUCGACGUGA